UAAUGCGACAAAGAGUCGGCGUCAAAAUGUCAUAAGUGGAGUACUUUGUAUUCGCGUUAUUUUUCCAAAUUUUUCAUCGCUAAGAAUUAUCGUUUGCGUUGAUUUUUCGUUCACGCGUUGAACGGAAUGUCAGGGAUGACGAACACAUCCGAAGAACAUCCAACACUUCUCGUCGUCGUAUCGGGAUGAAUCAGAGACUGGACAAAUGUGUGAAAGUAUUAUGUAUGUACGUGUAAGACCGUAUAAGCACUCGCGACGACGUUUCGCCAGUGUUUCCGAACACGAGCGAGUGCGUUUGCGCGAAAGCGGUAGUUUCCGAGGAGCUGGCGAGAAGGCCGCUGAAUACACGUCCGCGAGUGUUCCAAACCCAAAGUCCGAAAUCGGAAUCGACAAGUUUUAAACGUGAAUCAAGAGAAAAAAUCCACCAAUCUCCAAAAACAACCGUGUCGACCUGAGUCAUGGAAGAGAAUAAAUUUGGAUUUGCCAUCGAUCGUGGCGGCACUUUCACCGACGUGUAUGCGAAAUGUCCUGGGGGGAAAAUACGAGUUAUGAAAUUGCUGUCCGUUGAUCCUGCCAACUACGAGGAUGCGCCUCGUGAAGGAAUUCGCCGGAUUUUGGAGCAGGAAACGGGGAAGUCCAUGCGAGAUGAGGUGGAUACAUCGAUGAUAGGAUGGAUCCGAAUGGGAACAACGGUUGCAACAAAUGCGCUCCUGGAACGCAAAGGAGCGAAAAUGGCUCUUCUCAUCAAUGCAGGAUUUAAAGACCUUCUCUUUAUUGGAAAUCAGGCUAGGCCGAAUAUUUUCGACUUGGAAAUCGUUACACCAGAAGUAUUAUACUCUACGGUUAUAGAAGUGAAGUGCAGAGUAAUACCAGCUUUGCCAGGGAAGUGUCACUUAGACAAGAAAUCAUGGCGAAAAGUCACGGGAUCCACAGGUGAAGACUUAUAUGUAAUUCAAGAGCUCGACGAGGAUUCUUUAAAGAAGGACUUGGAGAAUCUAUUGGCAUCGGGGAUAGAGAGCUUGGCUGUCGUUUUGGCUUAUAGUUAUACGUUUGCAGAUCAUGAAGUAAAAGUCGGGGAGCUGGCAAAGGAAAUGGGAUUCUCUCAAGUGUCUUUGUCCCAUGAAGUUAUGCCUAUGACCAGGAUCGUUUCCAGAGGAUUCACCGCAUCGGCUGAUGCCUACCUAACACCUCAUAUAAAAAAUUACUUGAAGGGUUUCGCAUCUGGCUUCAAAGAGAACCUUAAAGGAGUGAAUGUUCUCUUCAUGCAGAGUGACGGAGGACUCACGCCAAUGAGCUCGUUCAAUGGGUCCCGAGCUAUUUUAUCAGGGCCUGCAGGUGGUGUCGUCGGGUAUGCCAUGACAACUUAUGGGAAGGAAACCAAUCUGCCGAUCAUUGGCUUUGACAUGGGGGGAACUUCCACCGAUGUCAGUCGUUAUGGCGGAAGCUACGAGCACGUGUACGAAACCACCACAGCUGGGGUCACUAUACAAGCAGCUCAGCUGGAUGUGAACACAGUAGCUGCCGGAGGAGGGUCGAUGUUGUUCUUCAGAUCAGGUCUUUUUGAAGUAGGACCCGAAAGUGCUGGAGCUCAUCCCGGGCCAUCCUGCUACAAAAAAGGAGGUCCUUUAGCGGUCACGGAUGCCAACCUCGUUCUUGGCAGACUUUUGCCGGAAUAUUUUCCCAAAAUUUUUGGUCCCGACGAGAACGAACCGCUGGAUAAACAGCGCUCCAUGGAAGCCUUUACGAAGUUGACCGAAGAAAUCAACAGUUUUUUGGUAAAUGAGGAAACGCAACAUGGUAGCGAAGGGAUGACCGUAGAAGAAGUUGCCAUGGGAUUUGUCAGGGUCGCAAACGAGGCGAUGUGUCGACCGAUACGAGCUCUUACCCAAGCCAAAGGGUAUGACACUUCGCAACACAUUCUCGCGUGUUUCGGGGGAGCUGGUGGACAACACGCGUGCGCCAUUGCUAGGUCUCUUGGAAUGGGAACGGUUUUUGUCCACAAGUAUGCUGGAAUUCUGUCAGCAUACGGUAUGGCAUUGGCGGACGUUGUCGAGGAAGUGCAGGAGCCAAGUGCUGAGAUUUAUUGCGCAGAGUCAUUCGAACGCCUGGAUGAACGUUUGGACAGCCUGGCUGAAAAGUCGACGGGAAAAUUACGCGAUCAAGGAUUUUCGGAGUCUCAAAUUUGUAUGGAGUAUUUUCUACAUCUCCGGUAUCAAGGCACGGACUGUGCUCUGAUGUGCACUCCAAAAACUGGAGCAGAAACGAAGGCACCAGGGACGAAGCAUGGAGAUUUCCUUACGUCUUUCUUGGAGAGGUAUAACAUGGAAUUCGGAUUUGUCAUGCCAGACCGAAAAAUUUUGGUAAAUGAUAUCAGAGUCCGGGGAAUUGGCAGGCAAAACAUCACCGAAGAUCCGAUACUUCCUCCUUCAUCGGAAAUGCCGAAACACGAAAAAACUACCUCGGUAUACUUCGAAAAUGGUUAUCAAGAGACUAAGGUGUACACCUUGGAGUCCUUAUCACCUGGUCAUAAGAUAUCCGGACCAGUUAUAAUUAUGGAUAGCUUAAGUACUCUUUUGGUUGAACCAGAUUGCACUGCCGUGAUUACGCCACGAGGUGAUGUCAAAAUCACAAUUGGUAAAGGUCUACGACCGAAAGUAACUACCGAGUUGGAUGCCAUUCAACUAAGCAUUUUUUCUCAUCGAUUUAUGAGCAUUGCCGAACAGAUGGGGAGGAUUUUACAAAGGACAUCGAUAUCGACAAAUAUAAAGGAACGUUUGGACUUCUCGUGUGCAGUUUUCGGCCCCGAUGGAGGUCUGGUAUCUAAUGCACCGCACAUACCGGUGCAUCUAGGUGCAAUGCAGGAAACCGUUCAGUAUCAAAUGAGAGCUUUCAAGGGUGAUUUCACCCCGGGGGAUGUCAUACUCGCGAAUCAUCCAAUGGCCGGUGGAUCACAUCUUCCGGAUCUCACUGUGAUCACUCCAGUGUUCUAUAGGGAUGUCCCGAAACCGGUGUUCUUCGUGGCAAGUAGAGGACAUCAUGCCGAUAUCGGUGGAAUUACCCCAGGCUCCAUGCCACCUCACUCUACCACGUUAUCACAGGAAGGUGCUACAUUCAAGAGCUUCCUGUUGGUUCACAAAGGAGUGUUCCGAGAGAAGGAACUUACUGAGGCGUUGAUGGCGCCUGGAAAAAUUCCCGGCAGUUCUGGAACGAGGAAUCUUUCGGACAAUCUCAGCGAUUUAAAGGCUCAAAUUGCUGCCAAUAAUAAGGGUUCGCAGUUGGUGAACGAGCUCAUCGAUGCCUAUGGCUUGGACGUCGUCCAAGCAUACAUGGGACACAUACAACACAAUGCUGAAGUUGCAGUUCGCGACAUGCUAAAACUUGUCGGAAACAAGGUUUUACAGGAAACUGGAAGUGCGACCGUCACGGCGCAGGAUUAUCUCGAUGACGGAAGCGUCAUUAAAUUAAGACUGGACUUUGACGUUGAAAAGGGCGAAGCGACCUGCGAUUUUAGUGGUACCGGGUACGAAGUGUGGGGUAACUGUAACGCCCCGAAAGCAAUUACACUUUCCGCGUUAAUUUAUUGCCUGAGGUGCAUUGUUGGUCGCGAUGUUCCGCUGAAUCAGGGGUGCCUUAAACCGGUCAAAGUGAUCAUACCAAGGGGAUCCUUGUUGGAUCCAUCAGAGGAAGCUGCUGUAGUCGGAGGGAACGUCCUCACAUCUCAGCGCAUCGUUGACGUUAUUUUAACUGCAUUCGGUGCAUGCGCUGCAUCCCAAGGAUGCAUGAACAACAUCACUUUGGGGACAGAAGAAUGGGGAUAUUACGAAACCGUUGCCGGUGGAAGUGGCGCCGGACCAACGUGGAACGGCCGAGGUGGAAUACACACGCACAUGACCAACACGAGAAUUACUGAUCCAGAAAUUUUGGAACUUCGGUAUCCUGUGAUCUUGAACAGAUUUUCUCUGCGCUUUGGAAGUGGCGGCGACGGGGCACACCACGGGGGCGAGGGGGUUGUUCGCGAGAUGACUUUCAGGGCACCCUUAACGUUGUCCGUCCUAACCGAGAGGAGGGUCCACAGUCCCCCGGGCUUGAAUGGCGGGUCUCCAGGUGCUCGAGGAAGGAACACCUUGAAGAGAGCAAGUGGCAGACAUAUCAAUCUCGGCCCGAAAACGGCCGUUCCAAUUUUGACAGGAGACACGUUCGUUUUGGAGACUCCGGGUGGUGGCGGAUAUGGGGUCCCGGGAACGGCUAUGGUGUUUUCGAAAAAACCAGCCGUUGGAUUGGUCGGCCGUGGAAGCGUUUUCGAGUACAAAAUGGCUCAGGAGUCCGUGUAA